CACCAUGGGGCUAAGAGCUGCCGGCCUUCUUGUGCUCUGGCUGGCUCUUUCCAAUACAAGUGAAAUAAGAAAAGGAAGGACAAGAAACCAUGGCCACUAUGUCUGCAGCACCUGGGGGAACAACCAUUUCAAAACAUUUGAUGGAGAUAUCUAUCAGUUUCCUGGCACGUGCGAGUAUAACUUUGUUUCUGACUGCCAAGACUCUUACAGGGAGUUCUCUGUCCACAUUCAGCGUGCUCUGAACAGCAAUAACCACCCUGAGAUCCAGUAUAUCCUGAUAACAGUCACGGAUUUCACGGUGUACCUCAAGCCCAAUCUGGCUGUUGUGGAUGGGCAGAUUGUCAAGACACCUUACUACAGCUCUUCUUUGCUCAUUGAGAACAAUGGCGUUUAUAUGAAGGUUUAUGCCAAAGUAGGUCUAAUCCUCAUAUGGAAUCAGGAAGAUGCACUGAUGGUGGAGCUGGACAGCAAGUUUGGUAACCAGACAUGUGGUCUUUGCGGGGAUUACAAUGGAGUUCCUAUCUACAAUGAGUUUAUUAGGGGAGUUGCAAGCUACAAUUCAAUUACGUAUGGGAAUUUACAGAAGAUAAGCAAACCCAAUGAUGAAUGUGAAGACCCUGAUGAAACUCAGGCUCUCCCAAGCUGUACUGAGCAUCGUGAUGAAUGUGAGAAGCUGCUGACCUCCUCUGCAUUUGCUGAUUGUCACUCACGCCUUAAUCUGGAAACGUACAUCCAAGCCUGCAUGCAGGACAAGUGUUCAUGUGAAGGAAGUGAGGACUCCUUCUGCCUCUGCAGCACCAUCUCUGAGUAUUCUCGCCAGUGUUCACAUGCAGGUGGCCGGCCGGGUGAAUGGAGGACAGAGAACUUUUGCUACAAGACAUGUCCUGGCAACAUGGUCUAUAGAGAAAGCAGCUCACCUUGCAUGGAUACUUGCUCACACUUGGAAAUCAGCAGCCUUUGUGAGGAACAUUACAUGGAUGGCUGUUUCUGCCCUGAAGGAACUGUGUAUGAUGAUAUCACUGAAAAUGGCUGCGUACCUGUUAGCGAGUGCUACUGCAGACUGCAUGGAAAGGGGUAUUCACCUGGAGAAACCAUUAGCAAUGAGUGUGAAGAAUGCACCUGUGAUUCAGGCAGAUGGACGUGCCAAGAUUUACCCUGUCCAGGCACAUGUUCAGUGGAAGGAGGUUCCCAUAUUACGACCUUUGAUGGGAAGAAAUACACCUUCCAUGGAGACUGUUACUAUGUGUUGGCCAAGAGUGCUGUGAAUAAUACUGAUGCCCUCCUGGCAGAGCUGGCUCCUUGUGGCUCCACAGAUGGACAGACCUGUUUGAAGACUGUUGUGCUGCUAGUAGAUGACAAAAAAAAUGUGGUGGUUUUCAGAUCGGAUGGCAGUGUGUCACUGAAUGAGAUGACAGUGAAUGUGCCUCAUGUGUCAGCUAGCUUCUCAGUUUUCAAGCCAUCUUCUUACUACCUCGUUGUACAUACUUCUUUCGGGCUUCAACUGCAGAUUCAGUUGUCUCCAGUCAUGCAACUCUUUGUGACAGCAAAUCAGACAGUCCAGGACCUUCAAGGUCUUUGUGGAAAUUUUAAUGGAAUGGAAGGUGAUGACUUUAAAACAACCAGUGGGUUGGUAGAAGCUACAGGAUCUGCCUUUGCUAACACAUGGAAAGCUCAGUCCACCUGUGCAGACCAAGAAGAAAAGCUGGAAGACCCCUGCAGUCUCAGCAUUGAAAGUGCAAAUUAUGCUGAGCAUUGGUGUUCUUUGCUGAAAAACUCAGAGGGCCCAUUUGCAAGUUGUCACUCAGUCAUUGAUCCUGCAGAAUACUACAAGAGAUGUAAAUAUGAUACCUGCCUCUGCAAGGACAGUGAGGAGUGCUUGUGUGCUGCCCUGUCCUCUUAUUCAAGAGCUUGUGCUUUCAAAGGGAUCAUACUGGGUGGCUGGAGACAAAGUGUCUGCUCUGCUGAAGUGUCCUCUUGCCCAGGAAAUCAAGUCUUCCUCUACAAUCUUACAAUGUGCCAGCAAACCUGUCGUUCCAUUGCUGAUGGUGAAAAGUACUGCUUGCAAGACUUUGCUCCUGUGGAUGGCUGUGGCUGCCCAGAUAAUACAUACUUGGAUAAUGAGGAUACGUGUGUGCCCAUCUCCAAAUGCCCAUGCUAUUACAAGGGGUCGUAUCUGGAACCUGGGGAUUAUGUUAUAAAGGAUGGAGAGCGUUGCGUUUGCCGAAAUGCAAAGGUCCAAUGUACUUCAGUGACAACGACAAUGAAAAAUGUAACAGAAUGUUCUUCAAACAAAACCUACUUUGAUUGCAACACAUCCCCAGACUGGACUUCACAAACACCUGUACAACUUCGCUGUGGUGCUUCUCAAACUGAUCUUUAUCAAAGUGAAUGUGUCUCAGGCUGCGUGUGUCCUGAAGGUCUGUUUGAUGAUGGUAGAGGGGGCUGUGUUGUGGAAGAGGACUGCCCAUGUAUUCAUAACAGCGACUGGUAUAACCACGGGCAGAGCAUAUCAGUGGACUGCAACACCUGUACCUGCCAGAAAGGUAUCUGGAGCUGCACUGAAAACGUGUGCUAUGGGACUUGCAUGAUAUAUGGAAGUGGCCAUUAUAUCACCUUUGAUGGAAAAUUCUAUGACUUUGAUGGAAGUUGUGAAUAUGUGGCUACUCAGGAUUAUUGUGGUGACAAAAAUUCUGGUGGCUCAUUCAGUAUCAUCACAGAGAACGUUCCUUGUGGAACAACAGGAGUCACCUGCUCAAAGGCCAUUAAAAUGUUUAUAGGGAAAACUGAACUGAAGUUGGAGAACAAGGAUUAUAAAGAAAUUCAGCGAGAUGUUGGUGAUGAUGUGUAUUACCAGAACAAGACAGUAGGUCUCUACCUUGUUAUUGAAGCUAGUAAUGGUGUGAUGCUUAUCUGGGAUAAGAAGACCACCGUUUUCAUCAAACUGACUCCUGACUAUAAAGGGAAAGUGUGUGGUCUGUGUGGCAACUUUGAUGACAAGUCCAACAACGACUUUACAAGCAGGAGUGGUCUGCAAGAGACAAGUGCUUUGGAGUUUGGGAAUUCCUGGAAACAGUCAUCUGUGUGCCCUGAUGUCACAGAAGAGAUUAAACCCUGUGAUCUGAAACCACAUCGCAAGUCCUGGGCAGAGAAAGAAUGCAGCCUUAUCCUGAGUGAAAUCUUCAAAAUUUGUCAUUCCAAGGUGAACCCAUCUCCUUUCUAUGAUGCUUGUGUUCAUGAUGCUUGCUCUUGUGACAGCGGUGGAGAUUGUGAUUGCUUCUGUUCUGCUGUUGCUGCAUAUGCACAAGAAUGUACCAAGGCUCAGGCCUGUGUUUUCUGGAGAAGUCCGGAUAUAUGCCCAAUAUUUUGUGACUACUAUAAUCCUCGUAAUGAGUGCGAAUGGCACUACGAGCCUUGUGGCAGCAAUGUCAUGACCUGCAGAAUGAUUUAUAAUGUCAGCACCAACUUCUCAGUUCCGUACCUGGAAGGUUGCUAUCCCAGAUGCCCUCAUGAAAAGCCCAUUUAUAAUGAAGAGACAAAAGAAUGUGUGGCUGCAGAUGAAUGCUGGUGUUACCACAACGGUAAUCCUGUUAUCAUUGGUGGAGAAAUACCAACAGAAGAGAACUGUACAAAAUGUAUCUGUCGCCCCUCAGGAUCCAUUGAAUGUUCACCAAUUCCAGGAUGUCCUUGUGUUAUCAAUGGAACAAGUUAUGAUGUGGGAGAAACUGUUGCAACAAUAAAGGAUGGCGACAUAUGCACAAUAUAUGUUUGUGCAGAAAAUGGAUCUGUAAUUCCUGGAGUUUCUUAUCCUUGUCCAUUCACUACCUCACCUUCAACCAUUACAACCUCUCCUGGUACAAGUACUAUUACCACCAUAGUUACCACAAGUCCUCCAGUAACUACAACUCCAUGCCUUGGAUUAAUCUGUGAUUGGUCUGAGUGGUUUGAUGUUAGUAACCCUGAAGAAGAUGGUGGUGACUAUGAAACCUAUGAAGAAAUAAGAAAAGAACAUGGAAACAAAAUAUGUACAGCUCCUGAAAAUAUUGAAUGCAGGGCUAAAGACAGUCCUGAUAAAACCUUAGAGGAACUUGGGCAAAAAGUGGAAUGUAAUGUUACGUAUGGACUCAUCUGUAAAAAUGAGGAGCAAGAUGCAAGUAUAUGGCAUCUUUGCUAUAAUUAUGAAAUCAGGGUGAACUGUUGUGAAUGGCAUGAAAUUCCUUGUGGGACUGCAAGUACACCGAGUUCAACACCAACUGCAUCUUCAGUCACCACUGGAACAACUGUGCCCACUACUACAACCCGGCAGUCAACGACAAUUACCACCACACCAACACCCACUGCAACUACCACAAGCCAACCCACAUCUUCAGUAACCACACCAGUAACUUCAGCCUCCACAGUAUCAACCGCUGCUCCCACGCCAACUCCAUCAGAGUCUCUAACCAGUACUGCCACCACGACACCCUUCAGCAGCAGCACCCAGGGAACUACUCCGACUGUUCCUGGCGUAUCCUCAUCCACUCCGACAGUUACAAGCACAGUCCCACCAACAAUAGUAACUCAAACCCACUCUCCUCCGCCUUCACUACCAGGUAAUUAUGUGUUUGAGAAGUGCCAUGCAGUUGUUAAGCCUGAUAAGUACUACGCAGCUUGUGUUUUUGAUAGCUGUAUGCUUCCCGACUUAGACCUGGAAUGCUCAAGUCUGCAGAUCUAUGCAGCUGUCUGUGCCGAUCAAAAUGUCUGCAUUGACUGGAGAAGUCAUACCAACGGUGUUUGCUCUUAUGAAUGUUCCAAACAUAAGGAAUAUAGAGCAUGUGGUCCUAUUCAAGAGACAACCUGCAAAUCAAGUACACAUAAUGAAACUUCAGUUAAACAAGUGGAAGGCUGUUUCUGUCCUAAUGGUACAAUGCUGUAUGACUCUGGUGUGGAUGUCUGUGUAAAUACCUGUGGCUGUGUUGGAUUGGAUCUGAUACCAAGAGAGUUUGGAGAAAAGUUUAUAGUAGACUGCCAGGACUGUGUUUGCCUGGAAGGUGGAAAUGGCAUUGUAUGUGAACCUCACACAUGUCCUGAACAAAAUAUCAGGAGUUGUUCUGGGAAAGGCUUCUAUGAAGUCACUGAAGUCAACUCUGAAGAUUCCUGCUGCCCCAUUGUCACUUGCAAAUGCAACACAAGUUUGUGCACAACUGAACCCCUCAAGUGUACGCAGGGAUUUGAAGUUCAGUCUUAUAUUCCCAGUGAUGAGUGCUGUCCUGUAUACCAGUGUGUUCCCAAGAAUGUUUGUGUACAUCAGAAUGCUGAGUUCUUGCCUAAUUCCUCAGUCUUUGUUGAUAAGUGUCACAAUUGCUUCUGCACUAAUGAAGUUAACAUCAGCACUCAACUGAAUGUCAUCUCCUGUGAACACAUUCCAUGCAACACACACUGUGAACCAGGAUAUGAACUGAAACAAGUAGAAGGUGAAUGUUGUGGAAAAUGUGUGCAGACAAAGUGUAUUAUACAUACAUCACAUGGUUCCAGUCUCGUAUUGAAUCCUGGAGAGUUUACAAAUGAUCCUUACAACAACUGCACCAUUUACAGUUGUACAAAUCUCCAGAACCAGCUUAUCUCUUCCACAUCUGAAAUUAUGUGUCCUGCAUUCAAUGAGGAGAGCUGCAAACCUGGAACUGUUACACUCUUACCUAAUGGUUGUUGCAAAACCUGUGUACCUCUGGAUAGCCCCACACCAUGCUUUGUCCGUGAGAGAGAAGACUUUAUUGUCUAUAAGAACUGCCGUUCCCUGGAGAGAGUUGUCCUGACUGAAUGUGAAGGAACAUGUGGAACUUUUUCACUGUACUCUGUUGAGGCCAGUUCUAUGGAGCACAGUUGUUCCUGCUGCAAGGAAGUAGAAACUAGCACGAAGGAAGUGGAACUGCAGUGUCCCUCUGGGAAGUCAAUUACACAUAAAUAUGUGUAUGUCGAAAGAUGUGGCUGUCAGGACACUCAGUGCGUAGUCUCAGAAUCUAGUGAGUCUCAAAGCACAGAAGAAAAUGAUGAGAGCACUCGAAAUCACAGGAGAAGAGCCAUCAGCUUAACAUCAAAAUGAAGCAGAAAAAAGCUAACAGCACUCAAGUAAAGGAACUAUGCACCACUCUGAUCUUCCUUGACAGUUUUUGAACUUAGCUUUUCCCCCUACUGUAUCCUGUAUGUUCUCUAGUUAUUUUUAACAAUGCUCUAUUUAUUUGUGUACAAAAUUACACUGAACUUUCUUCCAAGUUGCAUACCCCUCUGGAUCAUUUUAUAAUCAACUUAUUUUCUCUGAAUGAUUAAAAAGCACAUUUAAAAAACCA